AUGGGUCUCCUCACUCUCAUCGAAGACAGGCCUACGCCGCCCUCGGUCUACAACUGGAGGGUGUAUGUGUUGGCCAUUGUUGCUUCAUGUGGCUCCAACAUGAUUGGUUAUACCAGCGCCUUUAUCGGAACCACCAUCACCCUUGACUCGUUCAGAAAGGAGUUUGGGAUAGACCAGAAGAACGCAGAAGAGCGUAACUUGAUCAGUGAGAACAUCGUCUCGCUCUUUAUCGCCGGCGCCUUCUUCGGCGCACUUCUCACAUAUCUUCUCAGCCAUUGGAUUGGCCGCAAGUGGUGUUUAUCCAUUGCAUCCGCUACCUUCACUCUUGGAGCUGGUCUUCAGUGUGGUGCCAAUGCUGGUACUGGAUUGGGUAUUCUCUACGCUGGUCGUGUUCUUUCGGGUCUUGGAACAGGUAUCGCGUCCAAUAUUAUUCCUAUUUAUCUAUCUGAGCUUGCACCUCCUGCUAUUCGAGGACGCCUUGUUGGUCUUUACGAGCUCGGUUGGCAGAUUGGUGGCUUGGUAGGUUUUUGGAUCAAUUACGGAGUUCAGAAACACAUGCCCGAGGGCCAUCAGCAAUGGAUCGUCCCGUUCGCAGUCCAAAUCAUCCCUUCUGGUCUUUUGUUCCUUGGCACACUGUGGCUUCGAGAGUCACCCCGAUGGUUGUUCCUAAAGGACCGCAGAACACAAGCUUUGAAGAACCUCUGUUGGAUCCGACAAUUGACACCGACUGACAUCUAUAUCACUGAAGAAGUUGCAGCUGUCGAUCAUGCUCAUGAGAUCCAGAAACAUACCGUCGGCCUUGGCUUGUGGAAGCCUUUCCAAGCUCUUGCCCAACGACCAAACAUGAUGUAUCGACUCUUCCUGGGAUGCAUGCUGUUCUUUUGGCAGAACGGUUCUGGGAUCAACGCCAUAAACUACUACUCCCCGACUGUCUUCUCAAGUAUUGGUGUCCAGCGUGAUACCGUCAAUGUUAUGACUGGCAUUUUCGGCGUAAUCAAAGCCGUCAUGACUUUCGUUUGGCUUUUGUUCCUGGUUGAUCAGCUUGGUCGACGCAAGCUGCUUUUGAUCGGUGGUAUUACCGGCUCAAUCUGCAUGUGGGUUCUGGGCGCAUACAUCUACAUCGUCGACCCGACCAAGAACCCACAAGACCAUCUGACUGGCAGUGGUAUUGCUGCUAUCGUAUUCUUCUACCUCUGGACUGCUGUUUACACGCCUACCUGGAAUGGUACACCAUGGGUUAUCAACUCUGAAUUCUUUGACCCUAGCUUCCGCUCGCUUGCUCAAGCUUGUACAACCGCUAGCAACUGGUUCUUCAACUUCCUCGUGUCACGUUUCACUGAGCAGAUGUUUGCCGCCAUGGGUUACGGUGUAUACAUGUUCUUUGCGGCACUGUCAUUCUUCGCGUUUAUCUUUGCCUUCUUCUUGAUUCCUGAGACUAGUGGCAUUCCUCUGGAACAAGUCCACCGCCUCUUCAAGCUCAAGCCUAUUUGGAAGGCGGAAAAGAUUCUCAAGGAGCAGCUGCAACAAGAGGAACAGCAGUUCCGGCAUGACGUGAAGGGAGAUGUGAGCCAGACCGAGAAUUUGGAGGACUCGGACAAGGUUUGA